AUGGCAUUGGAUCCUGGUUCGUUGGUUCACUCCUGGAGCUUUUUGCCUUACCAUAUUGUAAAACAUAUAUACAGUUAUUUGGGUAAUGAGAUCAAUAAUGCUUCUACAGUAUGCAAACACUGGCGUGGGGUCGCAUACACCGAUCGAUCUUUAUGGGACAAACUACAUAUAUGUCCUCCUAAUUUUCCAGAAGUUGAAGCUUUCAAGAAUCCGAUCAUCCCCAUGAAAAUUUGUUCCAGUAUUUCGCUUGAAUUCGAUCCAAUGAAUGAGUCUCACGCUGCUGUUCUUGAAAAUACUCUGAAUGCUUUGUGCUCGAAUGCCCGAAUACAUUCCAUUUCCUUAAAACCGACAUCGAAACUUACAGACAAUAAAUUCACUUCAAUUAUCUUGAACCAAACUUCGAAAAAAAUAAUAAAUGCCUUAUGUGAAGUGAUUAUGAAUGCUAAGUGUUUAAAAAAUUUUUAUUGGGGUGGAACUUAUUGUGAAAGCCAUGAAGUCAAUCGUGUAUUAAAAUCAUUGACAAAAACUCAAAAGCAUAGUUUAUUAUCAUUACAAAUUAUCAGAUUAUUUCAAAUCAAUCAAUCCAUGUCAUACUUGAAUACAAGAUUAUUUAUAUUUUCCAACCUUAACCAAUUUUCUAUUAACUACCUACAUCUUUCAGAGGAUAUCCUUUUAGUUUUAUCGAAAAACUCAAACAACCUUCGUAUUUUAAAACUUUUUGUACAAAACAAUGUUAAUGAUCUUCCUAUAAUUCGAAAUCAAAUUUGGAGACACGUACAUGAGUUACUUCCUAAUUUUCGUGUGACUUUAUUUCUAAUUUGUGUAAACGAUCUCAAACAAUCAAUAGUCCAUUCGAAUUCAACCAAUCAACGAAUGUCUUUCAUACCAAACACCACUACUCAAGAACUUGAUGAUCAGUUACCAGCAUCAUCAUCAUCAUUAUCAUCAUCAUCUUGCCCUGUCACUUCCACAUCUUUCUCGUCGACUUCUUCAUCAUUUUCACCGCAAAUACCAGUGCAAAGUCGACAGGAAAAUGAACAUGAACAACACUUAGACCAGUAUCAUCAUCCAUAUGGUGAACAGAAUCAAAUUUAUCAAUUACUUUCAACCAAACUUUUGCCUUCUGCUUUGCCUUUAAAUUCAAUUUAUAUAUACUAUUGUAAACCAGAUCCAUUGUCUUAUCUUAUACAAUAUUUAAUGGAUACAUUUGCUAUGAGUUUAGAGCAUUUCUAUCUAAUUGAUACCUUCAAUACAAUAUCUGUGAUGUCAAAUAAUUCUCAUGGUAUUUUACAUAAUAUUUCUCAUCAUACUAAAGAUUCGAACACUACUAUUCAUGGUAAUAAUAAUAAUAAUAAUAAUAAUAAUGAUAAUAAUAAUAAUAAUAACAGCAAUAUCAUCCGAUUUAUUGCUAAUACACCAACAACAAUAAUAUCUCAUGAUACAGUUAUUGAUUAUGAUAAUUAUGAUUGUGUUGACUCUGAUUAUCAAUCUAUGUUUAGUUCUUAUUCAUCAUAUCAUUCAUUAUUAUUGGAUAGUACAAGUGAUUUUGAUAUAAUGAGCUGUGAUUCCUCCUAUGAUCCAUUUGAUUAUGAAGAUAAUCAUUGUAGUAAUAAUAAUUAUUACUCAGGUAAUUUAUUACUGCCUGUUUCAACCAAUCUAUCUCUAGCCUCCUCCUCUUCAUCAUCGUCAUCAUCCUCUUCAUCUUUACCGGUACCACCAGGGUUGUCGUCGUCGUCGUCAUGUCUAUCAGAAAAUCAACAACAACAACAACAACAAUCAUCGGUGGCACCAAUAAUAUCAUUGCAUAAAAUGAUUGGACAGUCUGAUUACUGUCCUAAUUCCGAGAUAAUCAUAUCAUCAAAAAGUGAUAAUACGAAUUCCAGCAUAAUAAAUUGCAUUGCAAAUGAAGAAACUGUUGUGAACAAGGGUCGAGGUGAUGCAAAUUGUGUAUUUCAUCCAUCGGUUAUUUCCAUGCGUAAUAAUGUGAAUACAACUAAAAUCAAUAUGAAUGAUCAUUGUGAUUAUUAUUUAUCGUACGAUCAUGAUAAUUAUUAUUCCAGGUUUCCUGAGGGUCCACAAUCAUCAUCAAAUCAUGUUUUUUAUUCACCAAAUUUAUAUAAAGCGCCUGAUGAUGUCAAUCCUGAUCCGUUUGUUAUGCUGGCAUGGAGAUGUCAACAGUUGAAGCAUUUUACACUUAUCGGUUACUGGUUUAAUAUUGUUGAUAUGAAAGCUUUCACAGCUCUACGUGGUACAUCACUUAAAUCUUUUUGUAUUCCUAGUUGUUGUAUUUCUAUUGAUGAUCAAUCUUGGCCGUUUAAUUUAGAUGAGAAUUUAAAUGAAAUGUCACGUAAUGUAGGCUACAAAUGGAUACCAUUGCAAGAUUUAAACUUACCCUCUGCUGUUUGGAAUCAUCAACCUCCUGAUCCUGCUACAUGCUUUUAUGAAAUUCAAAAUUCCUAUGAUUUAGACAAUGUUAACAAUUAUUUCGAUUAUUAUUUUGUCUUAAUCUCAUGCUUGUAUUAUUUCGAAUUGUUGUCGAUUUCUGUCGCUAAUAAAAACAAAUCUAUUUUCCAAUACUUGACAAUGGUAUCCAAGAUCCAACUGUUUCAAAAUAUUCUCCGUGAACUUCAGCAUGUUAAAAAACAUCGGAAAGCGCCUUUCAACUAUUCACCAGUAAUGCAAUAUGUUAUUUCUGAAUUUAAAAAUAAUCGUUUAACCGAUGCUCAAAAUUGUGCUAGAGAAAAUGAAAGUGUUCAUUUAGCUGAAACAUAUUUGAAUUAUUUGCAGAGUUUACGAAAACAUUCAGAACUCGUGGAAUUGUAUAAAACCAAAGAGAAAACAACUGAAGAAGCUGCUAAAAUGGUUGGAUUAGCUCUACCAGAAAGAAAAUUAUCAUAA